GGCGGGCGUGGGCGGUGUCCUAGCAGCUUCUGUGGGCGUGACCGGCAUCCUCGGGCUCGUUACCCAUCCGGUGUCCUUAGGAGGUCCUUGGGCGCUGUUGGCACUCAGGGUCGUUCAAGGUGCGGCGCAGGGCCUGAGCUUCCCCGCCAUCUUAAGAAUUCUCGAAGACAUUCCAGAAUCUUCUCGAAACGUCGCUUCUCUCGUGACCUUCUUGGGACCGUACCUGGGGACCUGCCUGGGCGUCGGAUUGGGGAGCCUCGAGGACUGGUACACGGCCACGUACGCCCUGGGUAGCGUGGCCUUGGUGCUUCUGCUGCCGUGCCUCCUGCUGCCGCCCGUCGAGGCCAACGUCCAUCAGAACCUAGCCUGGCGACGAGUGCUAAAAUCCCGCGCAGUAUGGGCGUGUUUGGGCGUGCACGUUGCCAACACGUGGGUCAUGCAUUCCCUACUAGUGGGCGUCCCCUUCUGCCUCACGUACUACCUCCAGCAACCUUGUUACAGAGGCUGGAGCGCCGUAGCUGUCGUGGGCGCCGUCGCUGUCAUCUGUAGGCCCCUCGAGUUCUUAUCUCCUCGACUGGCUGAUAAGGGCCCGCUGUCGGGACUGGAUCGACGAAGGGCUCCUGUGCUGGCAGGCAGUCUCCUGGUAGUGACAGCGGUGAUCCUCAUGGCCACGAUUGGGCUGGAUUCUGCGGGCGUGCUGGUGGGCGUGGCAGCCGGAUGUGCGGGCGUGGGCGUCGGGCUGGUGAGAGUGGGCAACAGGCUUAAUCUCGAGGACUUGGCUCCCCUGCAGCUGUGGCGUCUCGUUCACAUCUUCAACCUGACGGGGAUCCUGACCGCUGCCGUGGUGCCCGUGGUCCUGACGGCGUUCGCGCAGGCCGGUAAGAGCGGAUGGAUGGCGGUAUGGUUGGUACCCCUUACCCUGGUGGUUCCUGCGGCUCUCCUGCACCUUUUCUGCCUCUCCUCCAACGCCCAGUCUUGGGACCAGCCAGUUACGGGUUACGAUGGUCCAGCCGCCCGCCCCGUGAGAGUGUCGACCAUCAGCGUGGCGGGUUGGAAGGCGUGGGUGGGCGUCAUAGCCAAUGGGCACGGCCCGCCCAAGGAGAUCAGGAGGUCCCUGAGGAGUCGGCAGAGUUUCAAGAGCGCCAAGUCGGCUCUUACUUAUAAGACAGCAAUGUCCCGGCCACGGGCGCGCUCUCUCUCCUGCAGGACGGUCGACGACGACUUGGAGGCCGACCUCAAGAGCGUCAUUGAGGAGGCCAGCGUCGAGUGUCGAAGCAUCGCGAUGGAGAGCGAGGUCGAGUGUCGGAGCGUGGCCUCGACCGUCUUCAAGAGCGACUGCGACGACAUGUUCAGCGCCAUCGAAGGGACCGUGGGAGACGUCCAACGGCGCGACCUCCCCCACGCCCUCUAUAACGGCACCUCCCUAGACCGGACGACGGCGUGGCUGAGCUACCACUACUGCGUCGACAUGCCCCAGCGCUCCAUGUCCGUCCCGGGUUUUCCGACGAAGGAGGAGACCCGGAGGAAAAAUGUCGUCUUCGCGUUGGCUUGGUGACGCGGGUGAAGAAGGAAAGAAAGGAGGUCGUGUUCUGGAGUUUGGUUUGGUGACGCGUUAAAAAAGAGAGAAAGGAGGUCGUGUUCUGGAGUUUGGUUUGGUGACGCGAGUGAAAGAAGAGAAAGAGAAGGUCGUGUUCUGGAGUUUGGCUUGGUGACGCGAGUGAAAAAGGAAAGGAUGGCGUGUGUUUUGGAUGGCGUUUUUUUUUUCGUUUUGUUUAAGUUUUGAGUAGCGAGCAAGGAAGAGGCGCUGGAAAGAAAAGGGAACGUCGGAUUUUAUUGGAGUUGGCUUUGGCUUAUGGAAAAGGACGCCGUGUUCACGUCGUUUUGAAUGACGCUGCGAAAGAAGAAUGGAGUUUACGUCGUGUUCUGGAGUUUGACUUACGCUGGUGAAAGAACAUGGAGUUUACGUCGUGUUUUGGAGUUUUGGAAGAAGGACGUCGUGUUUUGGAGUUGGACUGGAGGCGCGGGAAGAAAAACGUCGUGUUUGCUUCCGUUUCUUGGCAACGAGAAGAAAAACAAACGUCGGAUUUACGUCAGUCUCCUUGACGUCGAGGAAGAACGUCGUGCUCGAGUCAGCCUGGAGGCGUAACGUCUCGGACCUAUUUUGGCGACAUCAGAGAAGAACGAAGGUGUAAGGAACGUCAAAGAAGGCCGGAUAAAUCGUAAAU